GGAGUUUGGGAGGAGAGACGUGAGGAGGAGGGGGGGGGUGGAGAGGCUGCCUUUCCUAGGGCCUUCGUCAGAGUGAAGUGGUCAGGAAGAGCCGCAGCCCUUCCACGCCGGAGAGCAGCGAGGCGCUGGGGCAGGAGCCGUGGGAUCGCACCCCUCCACGGCAGACGAGAUGAAGCAGCUCUUCCUCCUCUUCCUCCUCGAGCUCGUCACCAGCUCCUUGCAGAUCGAAGACAACAAGAUCCCUGGGCUGUGCUCAGGGCAGCCAGGCAUCCCAGGGACGCCGGGUCUGCACGGGGGCCAGGGUCUGCCAGGCAGAGACGGACGAGACGGCCGGGACGGGGUGAUGGGGAUGCCAGGGGAGAAGGGCGAGAUGGGCCCUCCUGGAGCACCUGGUCCCCGCGGGGAGGUGGGCAGCCCCGGCAUGAACGGCAUGCACGGUGAGAAAGGAGCGCAGGGUGAGUGCGCGGUGGCCCCUCGCUCGGCCUUCAGCGCCAAACGCUCCGAGUCGCGCAGCCCGCCGCUGGCUGACCAGCCCAUCCGCUUCGACGUGGUGCUCAUCAACGAGCAGGGCCACUACGACCCCGCCACGGGCAAGUUCACCUGUGAGGUGCCCGGCCUCUACUACUUUGCUGUCCACGCCACCGUCUACCGUGCCAGCCUCCAGUUUGACAUCAUGAAGAACGGCCAGUCCAUCGCCUCCUUCUUCCAGUACUACGGGAACUGGCCAAAGCCCACCUCGCUCUCGGGGGGUGCCCUGGUCCGCCUGGAACCCGAGGAUGAGGUGUGGGUGCAGGUGGGUGUGGGGGACUACAUCGGCUUCUACGCCAGCGUCAAGACGGACAGCACCUUCACCGGCUUCCUCGUCUACUCCUACUGGCAAAACUCGGCCGUCUUCGCCUGAGCUUGCCCUGGGCUGCGGCCGGGGCCGGGGCACGCGCCCCUUCCCAGCCACCGGAGCCCCGGGGGGGUGGUGCCAAGGUCCAGCCGCCUGGGAGCAGGGACACCGGGACCCCUGCCCCGCUCUGCUGCAGCUGCCCCGUGCAGGGCAGGAACACGGCCCCUCUGCCGCCUUGGAGGUGGCGGGGAGCAUCCCUUCAGCAGCGCUGUAUAAGAGCUAAGUAUUAUGUCGGGCUCCCGGCUCCGGGACAAGAUGCCCACGCCAGGGAGCCGCAGUAACCUGGUUGUUAUAUAUUACCCGCCAUAGCCGCCCGGCCCGUGCUGCCAGCUUCUCCCCAUGCGCAGAGCGAGCCCAGGCUGCCUGGCCGCAGGCACGGCCGGGGGCCUGUCCUGCUGCGGUCCUGGCACGCCCCAGGGCUGGAAGCUGCCCCUCUUGUCACCCUCACUGCCGGCCCUCUGGUGCCUCCCCCCCUCCUUCCCCCUCAAUAAAGGGCUCCUCAGCCA